AAGUUGUUGAGAAUGGAGAAGGAAAAAGAGAAAUUUACAAGUGAGAGAACAUGUUUCCAUUUCUCAUUCCCCAAAUUCUCAUGGCGGAGUAAACGGAGCCGAACAAUGAUCAAUGACAGCCUUCUCCCUCUGGCAUGAGUCCAUGCAGUGCCGGCCAAGGGGCGGCAGUCUCAAUCAAACCUUGCCACCAUCAAUCUCCACAUUCCCAAUGUUUUUACCCACUUUCACCAUUACCAUGUUACCUAGGUGCUACCGUCAAACACUGAGUCGGAGACUAAUUGCUGCUUCUUGAGGCUUGAUGGGGUGUGUACUUGCCAAGACCAACUCCCCAACUCAUGGCUCUCAUGGCCUUGACAAGUUGAAAGUUGAUCAUGGGUAUGUCAAGGGAGGUGGGGAAGGGAGACUCCUUGGCCUGAAAGGCCCUGGAAAGGAGGCGGUGAAGGCCAAUUCCGAGGUCAAGGCUGAUGGUGGAGGAGGGAAGGGUGGAGACCGUGCGAUUACUAGAGAGACAGAGAAAGUGAAUGUUUCAGGAAGGCUUACGGUGCAGCAGACUGGAGGAGUUGAUGAUGAUGAAAUUGUGGAUGGCUGGCCAAAGUGGCUUGUUGAGAAUGUGCCUCCAGAUGUUUUGGAUGGCUUGGUUCCCAAGAGUGCUGAUUCAUAUGACAAGCUUGCUAAGGAAAUUUUCAAUCUCUAUAUAGGCCAAGGAACUUACAGCAAUGUGUACAAAGCUCGUGAUAGAGACACCAAAAAGAUUGUUGCUCUGAAAAAAGUCCGCUUUGACACAUCAGAGCCAGAGAGCAUCAAAUUUAUGGCGAGGGAGAUAAUGAUACUACGGAAGCUUGAUCAUCCCAAUGUCAUCAAGCUUGAAGGACUAGCCACAUCGAGGAUGCAAUAUAGUCUUUAUUUGGUCUUUGAAUUCAUGCAACAUGACUUGACUAGAAUAAUCUCACGCCCUGAAGGACGGCUCACUGAACCUCAGGUAAAGUGUUACAUGCAGCAACUGCUUUCUGGUCUCCAGCACUGCCAUGAGAAAGGAAUUCUACACAGAGACAUUAAACCUUCAAACUUGCUAAUAGACAAAAAUGGAACACUCAAAAUUGCAGAUUUUGGGCUAGCAAACUUCUUCCCUCCCAAACAAAAACGUUCUCUUACGAGCCGAGUUGUGACUCUCUGGUAUAGAGCCCCGGAGCUCUUGUUAGGCUCUACAGAUUAUGGUGUUGGUAUUGAUCUAUGGAGUGCAGGAUGUCUACUGGGAGAAAUGUUUGUAGGAAGGCCAAUUUUGCCUGGGAGGACUGAGGUUGAGCAACUUCAUAGAAUCUUCAAGCUUUGUGGUUCCCCCUCGGAUGAUUACUGGAAAAAAAUGAAGUUACCAACAAGCUUCCGACCCCCACAUCAUUACAAACCUAGUUUUGAAGAAUUUUUCAGGGACUUUUCAACACCAUCAUUUGGUCUGUUGACAACCCUUCUUGCUCUUGACCCAACAUCUCGUGGCACUGCUGCCUCUAGUCUCCAAUGCGAAUUCUUUAGUUCAAGUCCAUUGGCGUGUGACCUUUCAGCUCUACCUGUGCUGUAUAAAGAGGUGGAUGAUCCGGCUGAAACUAGGGAUCGGAAGAGGAGGAUCUACAAAGUAAGGCAAUGGUCUCAGACAAACCGUGAUUUCCAUCAGCAAAAGGUCCAGGAAAGAGGGGAAUUUGGACCUUCGAAUGAGGAAAAGAAUGUGGAAACUGGAAGUACACACAGCCAAGAAAUGGGAAGCAUGCAUAGCCAAGAAAUGGCAAACACUAGUGCAGGAGGCAGCAGCACUUCCUCCAGUUUUAGACCCUCCAUACACGAAAACUUGAAUGCAUCUCUUUCCCCGAUAAUCCGUUCUCAUCAGAAAAGGUUUCCAAGCACUGAGGGUCAUCCCAAUGCUCUCAAGAACAUUAAUCCUGAUGUCCUAAAAAACAUCACCCUCUUACAGGCCUCUAUAAAAGAUAUCAUCAACCCCACUGCAGGCGGUACAUACCGGAGAUCUCAUUCAACGCUGGACUUCCGAAAUUUUGAUCCUGAGAAAUUUUUUGGAUUUGAUAAAGUAUAG